ACGUGGGGGCGGCGGGCCAGAGCGCGGGGAGUCUGGGGAGGGGGAAGCGCCCGACGGCCGCCUCCGCCACUGCAACUGCAGCCCUCGAUGUCGCCACAGUGAUCUCAGCCGCGGCACCACCCGCACCCUCGCCGGCCUCAGCAUCAGCACCGCAGAGCCGAGCCCGGAGCCCGCAGCGCCGCAGGAUGGCUUUAGCUCCUCCAAGUUACUGUUUUGUGGCCUUCCCGCCACGUGCGAAGGACGGUCUGGUGGUAUUUGGGAAAAAUUCAGCUCGGCCCAGGGAUGAAGUGCAAGAGAUUGUGUAUUUCUCGGCAGCUGAUCAUGAACCUGAGAGCAAGGCUGAGUGCACUUACAUUUCAAUCGACCAAGUUCCCAGGACCCAUGCCAUCGUGAUAAGCAGACCUGCCUGGCUUUGGGGGGCAGAAAUGGGAGCCAAUGAACAUGGAGUGUGCAUAGCCAAUGAAGCCAUCAAUGCCAGAGAGCCAGCCGCUGAAACGGAAGCCUUACUGGGGAUGGAUCUGGUCAGGCUUGGUUUAGAGAGAGGGGCAACAGCUAAAGAAGCCUUAGAUGUCAUCGUCGCCUUGUUGGAAGAACAUGGACAAGGCGGGAAUUAUUAUGAAGAUGCAAACUCCUACCACAGCUUCCAAAGUGCAUAUCUGAUCGUGGACAGUGAGGAAGCCUGGGUGCUGGAGACCGUGGGGAAGUACUGGGCUGCGGAGAGAAUCACAGAGGGAGUCAAGUGCAUUUGCAAUCAGCUUUCGCUCACGACUAAGAUCGACGCAGAGCAUCCUGAACUCAGGAGUUAUGCUCAGAGUCAAGGCUGGUGGACGGGAGAGGACGAGUUCAAUUUUUCUGAAGUUUUUUCUCCAGCUGAUGACCAUCUAGCCUGCUGUGCAGGCAAAGACAGCUUAGAAAAGCAAGAAGAAAGCAUCACUGUGCAGACUAUGAUUGACAUCUUACGGGACAAAGCCAGUGGAGUCUGUAUAGACUCCGAGUCUUUCCUUACCACAGCCAGUGUAGUGUCUGUCCUGCCUCAGAACAGAAGCUCGCCAUGCAUUCACUACUUCACUGGGACCCCAGAUCCUUCCAGGUCCAUAUUCAAGCCUUUCAUCUUUGUCGACGAUGUAAAACUCGUCCCCAAAGCACAGUCUCCCUGUUUCGGAGGCGAUGACCCUGCCAGAAAGGAGCCUCGGUUCCAGGAGAAGCCAGACCGCCGCCACGAGCUAUACAAGGCCCAUGAGUGGGCCCGGGCGGUCCUGGAGAGUGACGAGGAGCAAGGUCAAAAGCUGAGGAAGACGAUGCUGGAACUAGAGAAGCAAGGCCUGGAAGCCAUGGAGGAAAUCCUGACCAGCAAUGACCCCCUGGACCCCACCGAAGUGGGAGAUCUCUUCUAUGACUGUGUUGACACGGAGAUUAAGUUCUUUAAGUGAAGUAAGCAUUCCCUUUCCCCUUCUUAUUUAAAAUUUCCCACCUUACUAAAUUACCAGCAAAACAAACCGCUCUCCUGUCCGAGUAAAAUGAGAAAGUUCAGAUGUGUUAACGUCACACUGUCCCCUAGUGUUCUGCCUCGGAUCUCACCACACCCCCUUCUUCUGCAACAUAGAUCCCCUCCUUCUGCAGUGUAAACAUGUAUCCCAUUUGCCUGUUGUGCGAUUGUAUGACUGUGGAUUUUAAGCUGCUCUUAUUGUGUUUCAGUGACAAGGGACACGUUAGCCUUUUCAUGGGAGGACUAGAGUCCAUCAAGCCUUGAAAGACAGGCUCCACUGCGCCGAGUUCGAGGGGAAGGCAAAAUCUUUUGAAGCCUUACUCUUUCUCUCGGUAGUGGUUUCUUUCUGGUUAACAAAAGGCAUUUCUUUGGCCCAGGGCUCUUGUGUGUGCGCUCAAGGGAGGCAUCCUGGCCUGGCCUCCCUUCUGCUGAGCGCAGGCCAGUAAUGCAGGAUGUCUCCAGCUGUGUCUUCUGAGAGAUAAAACAAGUGGGAAGGAAUAAAGGGGGCUCCUCUCCAGGCCCAGCUCCAUCCCGAUUCCUGUGAUCUGACAGAACCUGUGCACCGCGCUCGUGUGCGGUGGACCCGCAGACAGCUUCCACGUGCCCUGCGAGCUGGAAGCUGCCCACUGUAGAGAUUGAGAGGCGGCUGUGCGUGACGACCCUGGAUCGCGGCGCGGCUCUCCCGUGAGGCACGGGGCUCUCCCUGCAUGGCCGCUCACGUGCCGCACGGAUGUGCGUAUGUCUAGAAAUGAUUCUGGGCCUGGUUACCACCGUCUAGUUUAGGAUUAACUAAAUGGCCCUGUGGCAGACGCUCCACCCCACGAAGCGGCAAAUUUCUCAGCUAAUGAGGGAAAGAAAGGAGAAAUUCCUGGCUGUUUAGAUUACAGUUGAAGUAGCUGGAAUCUGAGCAGCCACUCCAUUAUCUCAGCAGAGACUUUAAUUAAACUGAUUUGUUUCCCAUGUGUGGGCACAUGAAGGAUUUGACUUACCAGCAGAGCCCAGGAAAGCAUGUGAGGGAGACCAGAUGGGCCCAGCACGGGGAAGACAGAGGGCAGGAAGGGGACAGAUGGAUGGAGAAGCAUUCGGCUCCACGGUGACAGUCCCACCCCCGCCCUUCCUACCCAGACUGUUAUAUCCCCCAAAGCUGUGGAGGAAGCACUUGGCUUUCCCUAGUCCUUCCCUUUAUUCCUCUCGCCCUGCAUGGCCCAUUAGCUGCCUUCAGACCGGUAGCUGAAGUGGGCAGGUGCUGGUGGGGGCGGCGGGGGGGGGGCUUACUUCCAGCCACUGAAACUCUCCACCACUCUUAACACGGAAGGGGGCAGAGAUGCUGAGAAGUGUGUGUGUUAAUACCGCAGUGGGAGGGAGGACAGCGGCUUCAUUAUGCAGCCUCACCUGUACCAUGUGGGCCUAAUCACCUUCAUCACCGGCAGGCCUUUCCAAAUGGAAACACUGUGAGUGUCAGUAGUCUUGGAAGUGACUUCAAGUUAGUGACUCCUUGUCAGCUGCAGUGUAUCAUAUGCCGUGAGAGCUGGAAGGGGCUUGGGCCCCAUACACAGACGUGGACCCUGAGGGUCACAGGUUUUACUGGAACAAAUCCUUUUUUCUACCAACUCCCCUGUAAGGGUGUAAGCAUAAGAGCACCGUGAGCUUUCUGCCCAGCAGUUUUGCAAAUUCUGUGUGUAAAGUCACUAACUACAACUGGUGAGAGAUGGGAGGAAUAUUUGUGCUGACAAAGUUAACAGCAGCUGUUCACGGUGGCCUGUGGUUGCUGAGUUUUGUCGGGGUUUGGCCUGGGCUCUCACUGUGGGUGAACUUAGGGUGGCCUCUUAGGUGGCGCAGCGUCUGUCUACAGCUGCUGAGUGGGGAAAGGUGAGGCUUGGGGGUGACAUAUGUACCUCAUCCCCUCCCAAGCCCACCUGCUGAGUGGUUAUUUAAAACAAGAUAGUGCAGAAAGCCACUCUAAAAUUUCACCAUGUGGAAUCCUCUCCCCCUAUUAUGGAAACAUUUCAUCAGACCUGGCAUGUCUGAGAUACCCAGGGUGAUUAGGGGUUUGACCAAAAGAAGUCUAGUGAGAAUAAAUUACACCAGAGGCCUGCUUUCAUUAUUACGGGCCAAGCAAAGGUCACGGAUAACCCAGCCAGACUUAUGCUAUUACUCAGCCAUUGUGUAGUGGGAAACAUAAUGGCCACUUCUGUUAGGGACAUUGACCUUAUUCCAGCAACCCAAAGAAGGGCCAGCUCUGAGAGAUGUCUUGGCUGACGCUAUACAUCACGAUUGUGAUGCCACUGUCUUACCACUAGAGGGUGUGGCAGUCCUUUUCGUGGCAGAAGUUAAAAGGGGCUGGGAUGCUUCCAUCAGGCUGUACAGAGAUGUUCUAUGUACAGUUAAAACCUGAGUAAUAGCGGUGGACAGACUCUUUGUGCAUUGGGAGGCGAGGGGAAAGACAAGAAGAGAGCAAAGAGCCUGCUGAUGUGGCUAUACUCACUUCUAGUGACAUAUUAACAGCUUGAAACAUGUAGUUGGAUUUUGAGUACGCCAUUGCUGGGGGGAUGUUUGUUUUAAAUGCUCCUAACAGACUCAGCUUUUGAAAAGUGCUUAUCAUUACACGGACGAUUUCUUGACCAGGGAUUGCUUUUCUAAAGGCAGUAUGGGGAAAAUGAAUAUUCAAGAUGAACUAUGGAAAUAAUGUUUAAAGGUUGGUGUGUAAAUAGCUUCCUAAAAUACCAUUUGUGUAUCCAUUAGGACCUGGGGGAGGGGGAGGGGGCUGUGUAUGCCUUGUGCAGAAAGAAGGCGUGGCCGUGAAGGACAGGAUCUCUCCCCUAUCCCCGCGCCCCAUAAUCAAACAUAAGCUAGUUAGUCUUGGCUAGUAGCUGGGAUUUACCACUCAUACUCUGAGGAGGGGCAGAAGCUCCAAUAAAAGUAAAUUAGCAAAGCAGAAGUAGUACUCUUUCAUCCUUGGAGGUGGUUUGGAAUUUUAGGUAGAAUAAGGAUAUACUUGAAAUUAUGGUAAUUCUUUAGUGCCCAAUAACAUAAGACAGUGUUAUUGUUAGAAAGAGUCUUUCUUAUAAGCUGUCUAAUAGAGAAGGUGUAUGCCUAUUAGAUAUUAGCAGUGAAGUUCCUUCACUAUUGGGUGGAUUAUUAGGUAUAAAAAAUAAUUAUCAACCAGGCAAAGUACUUUGCUUCCUGAUGUCAUCCCACAUGGGUCCAGGUGUUACACAGCUCUGCCCAGCCCAGCAGGAAAGCCAGGUGGGACCAGUGUGUCUGUCAUGAAUGCACUAACUGCAUUCUUGACUGAGGAGCAGUCAAGUCAUUUCUGGGGAAGGUCUUCAGCUGAGCUCUCAGCUUUUGGGAGGAAGGAGGGAGGAGAACCCACUGAGCUGGCCUUUCUUGUGUGGAGGGGGAGGGGCGGCAGGUCACGUGCACCAGCUGACCCAGCAGUGCCUGUGCUUCCCUGUAGCCCUGGCAUUUCAUUCCAUAGGGUCCUAGGUCCCAACUUCCCCUCCUAUGGUUUGUGUCAAAUGUGCUUUACCUGAUUGAAUCCAAACAUCCCGAGAUGUCACAUGCCGAUUUCUCGUGGGGAUGAAUACGUACACGUUUGCAGUCAUGUUGUGAGAAGUCAGAUGUGUGAGCUGGAAAACGCUAGGGGCAGGGAAUAAUAAAAAGGAAAACCUUUCUGCUUCCUGCAGUGGGAACUGACCGUGUAGUCUUAAUAGCCUUUUGUACACAUAUCUACAAACCAGAUAACUUCCCCAACCAGUGCUUGCCCUUGGAAUUGUCUCUAAAUACAUCAAGCAUACAAUAAAAAAAUACUGAAAUUAA